UAAAUGGCGGCUAUCGAGUCCAAAGCCUACGCUGUGGCUUUGGCAUACAACCUCUCUGGUGCUCUGUCGCGCACUUUUGAUGUUGAAAGCUUUGCAAACACUAGGCUGCAUCUCUAUCCGUCUACGGGUUUGACACAUAAUCUUUGGUCGAUUGCGCUGCCAAGAAGGCUUUUCACUAUCGGAUUUCAGCGCGAUGACCAUCCUCCGGAAAAGGUAUUGCUCUGACUCCUGUCGAGUGGACAAAAUGUGGGCAAACAUGUCUGUCCAAUCUCACGUAGGCAAGGAAAGACUUAAUAGAAAGCAUAUUCAGAGGAUACUGCCUAUGGAAUAUAUUCCUGCUAUACUUCGCCGACAAAAUUGUUUCAUGCUUGAGUUGAAGAAAUAUUUCCGCCAUAAUACAGUUGAUCUCUCCGUGCAGGCAUUUUGAAUCAGCAAAAUAGCUUGAGAUGACUGACAAAUAUUGAAAGAAAACCACUAUGAAUCCCCUCCUAGAAAAGGGAAUGAAUUUUGAAGAUGGAAAGGCUGUGUGCUGUCCAUCCGAACGCGGUGUGGCAUAUGCGCCUUUCAUACAUCCUCGCUACCAAUGAGGGUCGCUUUCUCAUCGGGCAUCACAAGCACGCAAGCAGAUAUGAAGCGUGGUUACGUCAUCAUCAAACAACAACACCCCAGAUGUUAACACCCGUCCUCCUCUCUCUAAGCACAGAACCUCAAACACUCAGCACCGUCGCAAAGAAAUAUCUUGUCGAUAUGCCGGUUGUUCUCAUUGUAGGCGCGACCCGGGGUCUAGGAGCUAGCCUCGUGAAGAGUUACGCCAACCAGCCUACCAAUCAGAUUCUCGCAACAGCUCGAGCAUCAAGUCCCCCCAAGGAUGCCGACAACAUAGCCUAUAUCCCGAAUAUUGACAUAUCGUCACCGGAGGCUAGCAAGACGCUUCUGGACUACCUUAACGCUCAUUCAAUUCGACACAUUGACAUUGUGAUCGUUACUGCGGGUUACUUUGCAACCGAAUCUCUCAAAGAACCUUCCUUCGAAGCUCAAGAAAAGAUGUACAAGACUUGCGUGAUUGGUCCUACGAUCCUCGUCACCGCGCUCGCCAAUCAUUCCCCCGGCUUGCUGAACUCUAGCUCAAAGGUGAUCCUGGUGUCCUCGGAAAGUGGCAGUAUCACGCUUCGUCACGAAUCCGAGGGUGGCGGCAACUAUGGCCACCAUGCCAGCAAAACAGCCUUGAAUAUGAGUGUGAAGCUCCUUAGCCUUGACUUGAAGGAUCGCGGUGUUGCAGUCGUGGCUGUACAUCCCGGUUUCAUGCGAACGGAGAUGACGAAGAAUGUGGGCUUCGAUAAGUUCUGGGAUGAUGGCGGCGCGGUCACCCCUGAUGUCGCGGCGAAGUCUCUUGCGGAAUGGAUUGGCACAUUUGAUAUUUCGAAGACUGGACAAUACUGGGCGCCUCGGGGAGCUGCUGACAUUGGCACUGCCGAGCCUAUUCUGGGUCCCAAAGAGAAGCUUCCCGUUCCCCUCCAGCUUCCGUGGUGAAUGUCCACUGGAACCCCCCUGU